AUGCCCGACUUCAAGCUCUCUGCCCAACUGUCGGGCCACGACUCUGAUGUCCGGGCUGUUGCCUUUCCUUCCCCCGACGCCGUCAUCUCCGCUUCUCGAGACAAUACUGUUCGCGUCUGGCGCAAGACCACUCCGAAGCCCCCAGCCUUUGAGCCGUCUAUAACCACCCAAGGCCAGGAGUUCAUCAACUCACUCGCCUUCCUUGGCCCCUCCUCUGAAUACCCGGACGGUCUAAUCAUAUCUGGCGGUAAGGACACCAUUAUCGAGGUCAAGAAAGCCACCGCCACCCCCUCGGACAAUGCUGAGCGCCUUCUCAUCGGCCACGGCCACAAUGUCUGCGCCCUCGAUGUUUCUCCCAAAGGCACCUAUAUCGUCUCCGGAGGUUGGGACAGCCAGGCAAUUGUCUGGCGUGUUGGCAAGUGGGAGCCAGAGAUACGGCUAGAGGAUCACAGCGCCAGCGUGUGGGGAGUCCUCGCCUACGACGAGAACACGGUGAUCACAGGCUGUGCGGACGAGAAGAUCCGCAUCUUCGACCUCCAGUCCGGCUCAGGUGGCCAGGUAUAUCCCCGGUCAACAAUCUACACCCCUGAUGUCGUCCGAGCGAUUUGCAAGGUGCCCCAAAGCCACAGCAGUGGUGCAGACAUCGCUAGCGCCCACAAUGACGGGGUCAUACGGUUGUGGAAGCUCAACGGCCAGGCUGUGGGCGAGCUGCACGGCCACGAGAGCUUCGUCUACAGCCUUGCUGCCCUGCCGUCGGGCGAGCUUGUCAGUUCCGGCGAGGACCGCACAGUGCGCAUAUGGCGAGAUCAGGAAUGCAUUCAAACCAUCACACACCCUGCCAUCUCUGUGUGGAGCGUUGCAGUGUCUCAGCAGUCUGGAGACAUCGUUUCUGGCGCGAGCGAUGGUGUCAUUCGGGUCUUCACUCGAAGCGAGGAGAGGCUGGCAGAUGAGGAAGCAAUCAGGCUGUUUGAAGAAGCGGUGAAGUCCUCGUCAAUACCCCAGCAGCAAGUCGGAGGCAUCAACAAGGAAAAGCUUCCCGGGCCUGAGUUUCUUCAGACACGAUCAGGGACCAAGGAGGGCCAGGUUCAAAUGAUCAAGGAGGACAACGGCGCCGUCACAGCUCAUCAGUGGUCAAUGAGUCAACAGCAAUGGAUCAAUGUUGGUACUGUUGUCGAUGCAGUAGGAAGCAGUGGCAAGAAGGUAGAAUACAAUGGCCAGUCUUACGAUUACGUUUUCGAUGUAGAUAUCGAGGAUGGCAAGCCUCCAUUGAAGCUCCCCUACAACCUUUCCGAGAACCCCUACGACCGCGCUACGAAAUUCCUAGGCGACAACGAACUGCCUCUCUCGUACCUGGACAACGUUGCAAACUUCAUAAUCGAAAAUACCAAAGGUGCUACACUGGGACAAAGUGCAGGACCGACCACUGAUGAAUUCGGAACCGGGCGGUACCAACCUGGAGCAAAUUCGGCUUCUGAAUCACAACAACCGCAAAGGAGAGUGUUGCCCCAGGAAAAUUAUCUUCUUUUGGCGCAAGCUAAAUUUGAUCCGGUCUUUCGAAAAAUCAAUUCCAUCAAUGCCACAAUGUUAUCCGCCGGCCGGAAAGACUACGCCCUUAACCCGACAGAAGAAGCAACCCUGAAGCAACUCACUGCCUCGCUGACGGCCGCUGCCUCCAGCGUACCGACGACCAUUUCUGCGACGGCUUCUUCCUCUAACACGUUAACCGUUUCAGAGGAGGGCCUAGCUUUGGUGCUGAAGCUUGUGACCCAAUGGCCUGACCUUGAUCGACUACCAGGCUUAGACUUGCUGCGGUGUAUAAGCACAUCGCCAGCCAUUGUUCGUUUUCAAAACGCCCGAUAUGGGUCUGUUAUCGAAGUCGUUCUCAAUGCGGCUUUCAAUGUGCAAAAUGGAAAAAUCAACGAGAAUUGCGUUAUGAUGGCCUUCCGCGCACUUGCCAAUCUUUUCGCUACCGAGCCCGGCCGGGCGCUGGCUGUACAGAAGGCAUCUGAUGUGGUGGGCUAUAUGGAAGGCGUCGUCGGCAUCGACGACAGCAUCAUCAAAGGGCCAAUCGGACAUACCAACCGAAAUGUGUUGAUUGCGCUCACAACCACGAUUAUCAAUUAUGCUGUCCUCGCGCAUGCAUCACAGAAGAGAGGCAUCCAAGGGCCAUCGGUUGACGCAGUAGUUGUUGGACUCAUGGGAAAUGUCCUCGGCAAGAUACUUCAAGAACAAACGGACUCAGAGGUAAUCUAUCGCGCUCUUGCUGCACUAGGGACUGUUGCAGCCAUCGGAGGAGAGUACAAGAGUGCGGUGACUUCCUUCGGGGCCGAGGCGUGGGUAAAGACAGCGACAGGGAAGGCAAGCGAGGACAGAGUAAAAGACAUCGCCAAAGAGUGCCUGGCGCUACUUCGGUGA